AUGUCUCAUUCGUCGCCUACUGCAGUAGUUGGCUGCCUCCUCGACGUGUCUGCUUCUAUGCGCCAGGCGCUUGAGACGGGGAGCUGUUCCAAUGAUUUGGCAAUUGAGCGCCUCCGCGCAGGACUUCGAGCAAUCUUGAAGCUUGUAGAGGCAGAGCAGCGACAAGAUCCGAAUGCCCUCGUCUUCGUGGGCGUUUUUGGUUUGGACACUCAAGCAGGUUGUCCGCCAGUGGCCGAUCUUUGUGGACCUGUUGAUGCGCUCUUACGAAACACUGGCGAUUGCAAGUCCGGUCAUGACCUUCUCAUUGCUCGGGCCAAUAAGGAGCGGCGCUCGUACAUUGCGAAGUAUAUUCGAGAGAAGCUUACGGAUGACGAGGCGCGCAUCGUUGACAUGCACCUGGAGCGACAUCCAGAUGGGGUCAGCGAUUUCGUUAAUGCAAUUCCGCCUGAAGAGACGGUGAACAAUAAGAGGACACGGAGUCGGUGGAUUGGGGCUGCCGUGGGCAUGACUGCUGGCUGUGCGUUUACAGCGGCGUUCCCUCCAGCAGCUCUUUCCACUGGUGCUAUCUCUGGUGCUAUCUCUGGUGCUAUCUCCAGUGCUAUCUCCAGUGGGGCUGGGGUUGGCGGAGGUGUUCUAGGAAACAAAGUUGCAGACCAAGUUGCAGACAAAGCCAUAGACAACGCGGCCGAGAAAUCGGAAGCAAUGCAACUUGCACGCCGUAUAUGUGCGGAGUGGCUGCAAGACUUCACUCAGUUCGAAGCGCGACCAGUCGGUGAUGUCGUUCGCCUGCUCAAGCAAGUGCAGAGGCGUUCAGAGGUCGACGAAGGUCGCGAAAAAGAGACAACGGGCCAUUCUACCUUGCUCGACACACUUCGACGGUACAUGUAUGGUUUAACACCGAUGCAAGAGGCCUUGAGGCAGUCAUUAGUGGCAUUUCACCAGCAUGUUGGGACCGAGAAACGCGUUCUCGUUCUUGUGUCGGAUGGCAUUUCCACUGACGGCGACCCAUUGCCGCUUGCGCGCAAUUUACAGCAUGCCAAAGUGAGCAUAGCAACGAUUUGCCUCACUCCUGACCAGAUAGUGAGCCGCCGACGCUUGUAUUACCAACCAGCAGAAGAGUGGGACUCGGGGCAACACAUACUUUUCGACAUGGCAACUCGGGUGGCCGGCGUGACGCAUCCGAUCCCAGUACUCACCUCUGUAGGUUGGGAAGUUCCCUCAGCUGGUGAGGUCGCAUUGUACGCUACAGUGUCCAGCUCCGCGGCGCUCGAUGAAUUCUGCUCAUUGCUCCUGUCGGCACGUUUUGGUUCCGCAGAUGCAAUCCUAGACGUCAUAGGUCGCAUCACCCACGACUCCUAUAUCAGCGAUGAACAUGUCCUUAGGUGCAAAAACCCCUCUGAUCAGGGUGAUGCGUUUACCUGUUACGCACACGCCACCGCUGCUGUAGUCCACAUGGCCCUCCUCCGAAUCGUUGGUCGUGAGGAUGACUACCCCAGCAUCGAAGAGAUUCGCAAACGUAUUGAAGAUGAAUUCCCAUCACAGCCGGGUGGGCAAAAUACUGAGCAAGUUUUGACAGCUGCUACUAAUUGGUAUCGACCACUUCGAUUUCGUCUGGUGGACGAGGACGGUGCCCGUCAGGCAGUGCUCCGCCGGCGUCCAGUACUAACCACGUUCCAUCUCUCAGAAUCGGGAUGGGAUGUGUUUACCAAGCACUUUGAAGAGCGACUUGACCCCCUUGAAGAGCAAUUACCCACCCUCAGAUGUGAUCAGAUGACUGCGUACCGCUCACAAGGCAAUGGGGGAGGGCACGCUGUUGUUUUAACCAGUUGCCGUCCUGACUCACUUACCUUUCUCAACUCAUGGGGCGACGAAUGGGGGAAUCAUGGCAGCUUCGCCGUUGAGGACCACACUGUAUUGGAGCUAGAUGGCCCGUCCGGAAGAUACCCCGUGAGGUUCUACGAUGUGUACUGGUUGGAGAGUGAUUUGUCCCCGACAGAGCAUCAAGCGUACAAUUGGAAAGUGGAAAAUGAAUUGCGCUGUUACGCUUCUCAAUAUCCGAGUAUUCUUCAGAUCCAGGCGCGCUGUCCUCAUUGCCACACGAAUGCGGCCCUUGCUGACUUUACAGGGCACAUCGGCCAGGUGCAGUGCGGGCACUGCGCCCGGUCCUUUAAGCUUGAGUCAGGGCAUCUUAUGAAGGCACUAUACGCUCCCGAAGACAUUGGCGCUGCGUGA